AUGGCGGGGAAGACUCGGCAACUCUACGAGUCUGCGGUGAUACGCAGUCUCCGACGCUUUAGAGACCGAUACCUCUCCAAAGCAGGUAACGCCGCAAUCGGUGACGUCACACCGGCUGACCCCGACGAGGAAAACCCGCCGUUUGGUUUCCUGAACGACUUACCGGUGGAUGUGCAGUUCCUCAUCAUGACCCGGCUGUCUCCUGCAGACAUCUGUCGCCUGGGAGCCACCAGUCACUACUGGAGGGCCAUGGUGCGAGAUCCGUUACUGUGGAGGUAUUUUCUGCUCAGGGACACGCCCCGUUGGCCCUCCAUCGACCAUGUGAGCAUGCCCCACCUUGAGGCCCUGGGUUCCCCUCUGUGCAGCGGAGACACAACUCUGGAGGAUGAAGUGGAAUGGGGAGACAACAGGAAACAGUUAAAUGUCGAUUAUAUGGCAGAAUACCUAAAGGGCUGCCCAACCUGUAGACAACGAUGGCUACCUCCUCGGCCUCCAUAUGAGGUUGUCACGUCAUUCCUCCAGUCUCUGGUGCCGAUGUCUGAGCCACGCUAUGCCAUGUUUGGCCCUGGCAUGGAACAGCUGGAUGUGUCCAUGGUGACGAGGCUCAUGCAUGCCCCAGAUGUGCUUCCUGUGGCAGGCAUUCCCCAGCGACAGAUCAACGGAAUUGGCUCAGGGAUCAGUUACACGUACAAUAAUCAACAAAAAUUCAAUAUACUGACUCUCUACUCGACUAAUAGGGCAGAGAGGGAGAGAGCCAGAGCGGAGCAGAUGAGUGCCAGUAAUAAACUAUUCACCUUGGAUGGAGAGGAUCCAUCAGGCCACCCAAUCUUCAGCCUGGCCUCUCAGGUCCAAAAGGUGUGCCAAGUCGUGGAUGGCUUCAUCUAUGUGGCCAAUGCAGAAUGUGGGAGAGAUGAGGGGGAGUUAGAAGCAGCUCAGAUCCGGGCAGCGCUGAGUCCUGCCUGGGGCGCAACCUCCAGGCCUCUCCUGGUGCUUUCCUGUGUCUCCAGGGAAGAUCCUGAGCCAACUGUGACUGCUAGUGUGGGAUCUAGCUGCACACGAAACAGGGCCAAGUGCAGAACCCCCUGUGUGGACAUGGCCCAAAGACUCUGCCUGCCUCAGCUGCCUAACCCUUGGAUGGUACAGGACACAGUGGCAGAAUCUCUCUCAGGUCUUCUGGAUGGCAUUUCCUGGUUGCUGAGGUGCUCUGGAGUAAGACUCUAAUAUGUACUACUGGGAAAUAGGACAUCAAAUCAUAUACCUUAUUUCUUCCACAGUCUUAACAGCAGGACACACCUUCAAGCCUUCAUCAGUGUACUAAAUUCACAGCAGAUCUUCCAGAGUUGGAGUACUCUUGACUUGCAGCACAAACAAUGCACUAGUCAGUGGAUCUCAUUAUUUUUGAAUCCUUACUCAUCUUGGGGAGCUGACCAAGAGUACAUUUGUUACACCAAGAGCCAAGGAUAGGCGUUUUCAAGGGGAGGGAGGCUUACACACAUGCAUACACUCAAACAUCUUGGAUCACUGGCAAGUGCACUCACAAUUGGGUAUCGUUGGACAUUUAGGUUGCUCCAGUGGAGUAGUAGGGGAUAACGGCAUUCCUGAAACAUAUAUUAGGGUUUGGGGAUUUCUAUCGACAACAUUCCAGUCACAAAUCAGGCUCCCCAGCCUUC